GGCCCGGCCCCGGUACGCGCUGGGGCCCGGAUGGAGCCGCCUGCGCCAGCGCGCACGCAGCGCUCUCCGCGGUCCGGCCAUGGCGCCGCCCGCAGCGCGGCUGGCGCGGAUCUCCCGCGCCGUCACCUUCAGCGCUUGCCACCGGCUGCACAGUAAAUCACUGAGUAAUGAAGAAAAUCGGAAGCUGUUUGGGAAAUGCAACAAUCCAAAUGGCCAUGGACACAACUAUAAAGUUAUAGUCACUGUGCGUGGAGAGAUUGACCCAGUCUCAGGAAUGGUUAUAAACCUGACAGACCUGAAAAAAUACAUGCAGGUAGCGAUCAUGGAACCCCUUGACCACAAAAACCUGGAUAAGGAUGUGCCAUAUUUUGCCGAGGUUGUGAGCACCACAGAGAACCUUGCUGUAUUCAUUUGGGAAAACCUCAAGAAGCUCCUGCCCGUGGGAACUCUUUAUAAAGUCAAAGUGUAUGAAACAGACCAGAACAUUGUUGUUUAUAAAGGAGAAUAAAUAAUGUGUGAGGAGUGAUCUGAAGUUCAGUUGAUCAGGAUCUCUGCUGCACAAUGGAUUACUUCAGCCCUGCUCGCUGUAUUUCCUACACCUGGACAAUGAUUACAUAUUACCUAAGGACAAAUACAGAUGUUUCACAAGAAUUCUUGCAGCAACCCUAACGAUUUGGGUUCUUGGUAUUGAUAAUGUCUGUUUUAUCUCAAGACAUUACUGUUUUGCAAAUCCAAAUGACCAAGCUAAUAGAAAAUUUGCAGUUGUGCCAUGUUAAAUAAAGCUGAUGAGUCAUCCCUGCUA